AUGAGGGAGAUGGGUAUUGUUCUCUUUCCUAGCUUGCUCUUGUUAAGUACAUCCUUAACCAAAGGUUAUGCAGCUAUAACUAGAGCAAGUCCCUUAUCUUUGGGACAAACUCUAAGUUCCCCUGGUGGGACGUAUGAGUUGGGUUUCUUCAGUCCUAACAACUCUCAGAAUCAAUAUCUUGGGAUCUGGUUCAAGAAGCUUACACCACGAGUGAUUGUGUGGGUGGCUAACAGGGAAAAACCAGUGACAAACCUUGUAGCAAACCUCACUAUCAGCAUAAAUGGUAGCCUUAUCUUGCUUGACAGCAGUCAAAACGUUGUUUGGUCAACCAGAACACCUUCCACAUCUAACAAGUGCCAUGCAAAGCUAUUAGAUACCCGCGUCCCAAAUGUUCUCUGGCAGGAUUUGUGCGAGCUUCCAUGCUUCAGCUUCAUGACACUCAAGUUGCAGAAACACGGAAAAGACCCCGGAGAUGAUGGAACUGUUGAUAAUGCCCAGCAUUGGACUGCCGGAGGGCACUCAAAGAUAAUAUGGUUAAUCGUUUCGUUCUCUGCUCCACAACGUUGA